UACUAUCCCACUUAUCGCGGCAGUAAUUAAAUGUAUAGGUCAUGGGAAACAUAAAAAUAUUUAAAAGACUUGGUAGUUAACAUUCUGAUACUAUCCAGUACAAUUAUUGCAGUAUAUCGAUGAUAUUUCCAUAAUCAAGUUUAUUCGACGACAAUAUUGUAUACACGCAAUUCAAAUCGCGGUAUUUAUACUCAGUGAUUAAAUUUUCUCAAGUCAGUUAAGCAAACGCUUUCCAUCAAGACGUUGCGCGCGGUUUUAAUAACAACUUUUAUCUAUUUAAUUAACAUCUAUAUAUUUUAUAACAUAAAACUUAUAUAAAUCAAAUUAAUUAUUACGUUUUUAUAAAUAAUUUAAUUUUGGAAAUAUUUAAAAUCAUUAUUUUAUGGGAAAAAACUAAAUAAUAAUUAACUGCAAUUAAUGCUAUUAAUAAAUAAAUAAUGUCAUAGUGUUUUAUAUAUUUUAUAUAUUUAUUUAUAUAGUAAAUAAACAUGGAAAAUAAUAAUGGAUUCAGGGACCAAGCAGUCUUCGGAUAUGGAACAAGUAUCCCACCUAAUAAUGAAUCAAUUUCGACAGAUGCGUCAAGUAAAAGAGUCAUUUUUUGCGUCCAUGGAAAAUUAUCUGGAUGCUGUACAGUAAUAAAAAACGCCGAUGAUCAAGUAUCGUCAAUUGACUACCAAAACCACGGCCAAGUGGAAGAUCAUUGUCACAGAGAAAGAGACGAAGCGAUUGACAAAAAAGCUAGACGUAAAUUAAUAAUUGCAUGUGUAUUGUGUGUUAUAUUUAUGAUUACUGAAAUUGUUGGUGGAAUAUUGUCAAACAGUUUAGCAAUAGCAACUGACGCUGCUCAUUUACUCACUGACUUUGCGUCAUUUUUGAUAUCAUUAUUGUCGCUAUGGAUCGCAAGUCGACCUCCAACGAGGAAAAUGCCAUUUGGCUGGUACAGAGCUGAAAUUAUCGGAGCACUUACCUCGGUCUUGUUGAUCUGGGUAGUAACUGGAAUACUUUUUUACCUCGCUGUUGAAAGAAUUAUCAAUAAAGACUUUAAAUUGGAUGCUGAAAUGAUGUUGAUAACUUCUGUGAUUGGUGUCGCAGUAAAUCUCGUAAUGGGAUUGACACUCCAUCAACAUGGCCACAGUCAUGGACACGGCCAUGGACACGAGCACGGACAUGGCCACAACCAUGAAAAAGAUCAGAAUAUUAAUGUCAGAGCUGCUUAUAUUCAUGUUGUUGGCGACUUUAUUCAAAGUACUGGUGUUUUUAUUGCUGCUAUGAUUAUUUAUUUCAAGCCAAGUUGGAGUAUUGUUGAUCCCAUUUGUACAUUUUUAUUUUCUGUACUCGUAUUAUUUACCACAAUUGCUAUUAUAAAAGAUGUUAUGAAUGUAUUGAUGGAGGGAAUACCCAAAGGGUUUGAAUAUUCUGAAGUUGAAAAUAUUUUUAUGCAAAUUGAAGGGGUUGUCAAAGUUCAUAAUCUCAGAAUUUGGGCUUUGUCGCUUGACAAAACCGCACUGUCAGCUCAUCUUGCCAUAAAUCCUGGUGCUAGUCCGCAACAAAUUCUUCGUACAGCCACAAGAAAUAUUCACAACCGGUAUAAUUUCUUCGAGAUGACGUUGCAAAUUGAAGAGUUCAAUGAAAAAAUGGAAAAUUGUAAGCAGUGUAAGUCUCUACCCCACUAGUAUCAUUAUUUUACUGUAAAUUAUAAAAAUAAUUGUAAAUUUUUUGUUAUUUUUGGUAAUCGUUAAAUCCCUACAAUUGUAAUAUAAAUAAUUUAAUUAAUAAUUGAUAUAUUAAAGCGCUAAAAAAAUUUAAUGAAUGUAACGUAUGAGUGUAAGAUAAAUAUGUGAUGAUAUUUAAUCUUAAGUUUGGAUUUACAUAUAAAUGUCCUUUGCUCAAUGCCCAAUUUAAAUUUGGGCGAUAUUUACAAAUAGAUAUAUUUAUAUAAAUAUAAGAUAGAUCAAUUUCUUCUAUACUU